GGAAGUGCCGGGCGCGAAGCGGAAGCGGCGAAGUCGGCGGGCGGCUCAGGUGGGUGCGGAUGGCCAGGCGGCAGCAGAAAAAGAAGAGAAGAAGGAAGCUGAGCAUGUCACCACGUGCCAGUGGGCCUCAGAGUUAAGAUGCUCUGGUUUCAAGGAAAUAGCAUGCAACUUGCCAAAUACUCCUUUCGACUCCUCUUGAGAAAUCGUUCUGCCUCUAAGACUGUUCUGCCUGUGCUGACCUUAUUUACAAAGGAUCCAUGCCCCCUUUGUGAUGAAGCCAAGGAAGUGCUGGAGGCUUAUAAAAACAGGUUUAUUUUACAGGAGGUGGACAUCACACUUCCAGAAAACUCUGCUUGGUAUCAAAGGUAUAAAUUUGACAUCCCUGUCUUUCAUUUGAAUGGCCAGUUUCUGAUGAUGCAUCGAGUAGACAUCUCAAAACUUGAAAAGCAGCUCCAGAAACUUGAGCAGCAAGGUUUAUGAUCCUCCACCCUCUCUGUCCAGAUGGCAUCUUCCUGAGGACAUGACCGUGGCCUUUCACACACCCUACAGACGUUCUAGACCAGGUGGUGCCCAAUAAAUGGUGACAUUACUUUUCCAGUUGGUGGCUGUACCAAUGUGGGAAUGGUUUACCUGUGGGCACUUUAUAAAAUAAGAGGAGUGUAUUGGCAGCGAGAGGAUGAUGGAGGGCGGGAGGGGUCUGUUUGUUUUAUUUAUUCUUCCUUUUUGUAUUAAUAUGGAAGCAUUUCACAUGCACACUGGAUGGUACAGUAUAUAGGAAGAAGGCUCUGCAUCCCUGCUGCUGCCCUAAGGGCUUAACUUUUUAAUGAAAGAAUAAAUGCUCUUCUACUCAGUAGAUAAAGUGAAAUGUGAAUUGUUAAUAACUGUGCACAGUCAAUAAAGGGAUGUUUUAACAAAUA